AUACAUCAUCAUUAACUUAACAUGGGCUUCUAAAGUCGAAUCGGGGUUAGUACCCGGAAAGUUAUAACCCGACCCGGGAUAUUUGACACCGAGACAGAGGAUGGAAAGGAGGAAGGAAGAGUCUACGCCAUUUGUUGAUUCGACGAAUCGAAAACAAUUGUUUGAAUCUCCAGAGUUGUUUCCCGUUGUUGGAUUCUUCGAUUUCGUAUUGGAUGACGUAGAAUUGAUCUUCAGUCUCGUGUUUCUCCGGCGAUUCUCUGGCUAUAUCAGUCGACUGAGAGAAGAGAAGAGAAGAGAAUAAUUUUUUCUUUGUUUUGUUGGGGGUGGUGAAAUCGGAGAAGGCUGCGAAAUAGGGGAAAGAGAUGAUAACAAGGUCGAAUCUAGCAGAGCAGCUGAGGGAAUAUCAGAUUCGAUCGAAGCAUGAUUGGGCUUCUGUUUCUUUCUUCUCUUCCACCUCGAGUUUUUCUUCUUCUAGGGUGGAUGUUGUAGUCUUCGUCAUCUGGGAGCUAGUCAUCUUAGCAUUCUUAGUGUUCUCAGCGGUUUCCUUGUACUUCAAGCGGUUACAACUCGCAUUCAUCUUGGUAUGUGUCACUUUGCUGCUACUAAUUUGCAUGAAGGUCACAAAGCAAGUAAGGUUAGCCAGGAAGAAGAAGCGAAGGAUGCUUCUUCCGCUAUCCAUGUAAAGUUGCAACAUCAUCUUCAUCCAUAUGAAAAUUUGCAACCGUUUUCUCUUACUUAGCCACCAAACUCACCUCCUGGUUCACCGUGCUACUCUGUUUGCUUGUUUAAUGGAUGAAGAUGACAGACAUGCUCACCGCACGGGGUUUAGAGGUUUGAGUCACGUCAGGGUGGCUGAGCUGGAAAAUUUCAGGGUUUAGGGUUUUAGAGUCGGACGAUAAUUUUUUUGAUUAGCGUUUGGCUGCAAUCUGGUUUUGUUCAGAGAAAAAUGUGUGUUCGAAAGAGUUGCUUUCAUGUGUAAUUGUGAUUGUGAAAUUUAGACGGUUUAAGCCUAAACGAAUGAGGAAAAUAAUAUCCAAGUUUGCAUUACUU